AUGGCACAGACUGGAGGAGCAGGUGGUUACAACAACCCGUUGAAGAAAUUCAAGUUGGUGUUUCUCGGUGAACAAAGCGUCGGGAAAACAUCCUUGAUAACGCGGUUCAUGUACGACUCCUUCGAUAAUAUGUACCAAGCUACGAUCGGUAUCGACUUUCUGUCCAAGACAAUGUACCUUGAGGAUCGAACGGUGCGAUUACAAUUAUGGGAUACAGCAGGUCAAGAGCGAUUCAGGAGUCUGAUUCCCUCAUACAUCCGAGAUUCGAGCGUUGCGGUAGUUGUCUACGAUAUUUCCAAUGCGAAGUCAUUCCAAAAUACUAAGAAAUGGAUCGAUGACGUACGCGCGGAACGAGGUAACGAUGUGAUUAUCGUGCUUGUAGGGAACAAGACGGACUUGAACGACAAGCGAGAAGUUACUACGGCGCAAGGUGAAGAAGAAGCCAAGAAGAACAACCUGAUGUUCGUCGAGACGAGUGCGAAGCUCGGCCACAACGUAAAGAAUCUAUUCAGGAGGAUAGCACAGGCUCUUCCCGGUAUGGAGGGGACGGAUGCUGCAGCACAAGCUUCAUCACAGAUGAUCGACGUAAAGACAAACCCACAAACCUCUCAGCAAGAAGGGUGUGCGUGCUAG